AUGGAUGUCUUCGUUUGCACGGCUGACCCUUUUAAAGAGCCGCCGUUAAGUGUGGUCAACACCGCCUUGUCGGUGUUGGCUUAUGACUAUCCGCCGGAAAAGUUAUCGGUUUAUGUGUCGGACGACGGUGGGUCAGAGUUGACUUUGUUUGCUUUCAUGGAGGCUGCCAAAUUUGGAAGGUUUUGGUUGCCGUUUUGCAAGGAAUAUAAUAUUAUGGACCGGUGCCCCGAUGCUUAUUUCAAGUCCAAUUAUUCUGCUAAUUCCGAUACUCAAUUUAUUAAGGAGAUGUAUGAAAACAUGAAGGAGAAAAUAGAAAACGUGGUGGAGAAAGGAAAUGUGACAGAUGAAGACCUUUCAAGCGAGGAAGAACUGGAGGCCUUUAGCAAAUGGAAACGAGGAAUCUUCACUCCUCAGCAGCAUCCCUCUGUCAUUCAGGUUUUGUUGGAAAGUGACAAGGACAAAGACACCGCAGGAAAUCCAAUGCCCAAUUUGAUUUACGUCUCUCGGGAGAAAAGUAAGGCCUCGCCGCAUAAUUUUAAAGCCGGCGCCCUAAACACAUUGAUUCGAGUGUCGGCAGUAAUGACAAACGCACCUAUUAUACUCACUCUAGAUUGUGACAUGUUCUCUAAUGAUCCCAAAACGGCCGAAAGAGUGAUAUGCUUCAUGAUGGAUCCUCCUGAUCAAUCUAAGUUGGGCUACAUACAAUUUCCCCAAAUGUAUCAUGGGUUAAACAAGGCCGACAUAUAUGCAGUGGAAUUUAAGCAACCAUUUCAAAUUAAUGCAAUGGGCAUGGAUGGUUUUCGAGGCCCAAAUCAUGUCGGCACAGGAUGUUUCUUCAAUCGACGAGUUUUCUUUGGCGGGCCAUCAUCCUUUGUUCAACCAGAAAUGCCUGAACUUAGACCAGAUUACACUCCCAAGAAGAAUCUAAUUAAGUCGCCAAGCAUUGUGAACCUGGCGCACCAAGUAUCUGGGUGCAACUAUGAAAACCAGAGUAAUUGGGGUUUGAAGAUUGGAUUCAAAUAUGGUACUCUGGUGGAGGACUUCUACUCGGGUUAUCGACUUCAAUGUGAAGGAUGGCAUUCUAUGUUUUACCAUCCAAAGAGGCCAGCAUUUCUGGGUGAUGUACCAAUCACUCUCAUUGAUGUCAUAACCCAACAUAAGCGAUGGUUUGUGGGAUUUCUCGAUGUAGCAUUCUCCAAAUAUAGCCCAUUAACAUUCGGUGUCCGAUCUAUGGGUUUUUUGCAAUCUUCCAUUUACGUCCACUAUUCUCUAUGGGCCAUUUGGUCCAUUCCCAUUGUCGCAUACGCCUUUAUUCCUCAACUCGCCCUACUUAACAACAUAAGCAUCUUCCCAAAGGCAUCAGAUGGAUGGUUUCUUCUCUACUCCUUUUUGUUUUUGGGAGCAUACGGACAGCAAUGUAUAGAAUUCAUUCAAGGUCAUAGCACAACUCAGAGGUGGUGGAGUGAUCAAAGAUUUUGGCUAAUUAAAGGACUCACUUCUUACCCAUUUGCAGCCAUUGAAUUCGUAACCAAACUUAUAGGCAUUGAUGCAUCAAAAGGAUUCAAUGUGACAAGUAAAGUAGUAGAUGAUGAACAGGGGAAGAUGUACGAUCAAGGGAUAUUCGAAUUCGGGGUGGCAUCACCAAUGUUUGUGCCAUUGUCUAUGGCGGCAAUCCUCAACUUGGUUUCUUUCCUCUAUGGUUUUCUGAUGAUGAUCAACUUGGAUGGCUUCUUUGUUCAGAUGUUUAUUGCUGGUUUUGGAGUCAUGAAUUCUUUACCAGUUCUUGAAGCCAUGGUAUUUAGAAGUGAUAAAGGAAGAAUGCCAACCAAAAUCACCAUCAUUUCUGCCUGCCUUGUUUUUGUUCUUUAUGGUUUAAGUUUUUGUUUACACUAA